AAGUAAAAGGAAACGAUAAUCGUCGUCAAAGUGGACUCUCUCCGGUUUCUUAGCUAAAGGGAGACCAAAAGUCUUUCUUUCUGAAAAAAAAAUCCAAAAAAGGGACAUACACAGAACAAUCCUUUGAUCAUUCUAUCGAUCUUAUCGAAAGCUCCAAUUCUCAGCAUCUUAGAUUUUAAUCCAAAGGGUGAGGUUUUCGUGGAUCUUAUUGGAGCAGAGUAAUGGCUGUAGCUUCUGAUCAAGCCACCAGCAUCUGCAGUCACUGUGACCGAGCAAUUCCUUCCACCAACCUCGAUUUGCAUUUUGCUCACUGCUCCAGGAAUCUUGAAAAAUGUAAAACCUGUGGGGAUAUGGUUCCUAAAAAGUUUGCAGAGGAACAUUUCUUGUGCACUCAUGCUCCGGUUGCCUGUUCUUUGUGUAGUGAGACAAUGGAACGUGAGAUUCUAGCUGUUCAUAAAGGUGAAAAUUGCCCAAAGAGAAUUGUGACAUGCGAGUAUUGCGAGUUUCCUUUGCCUGCGAUUGAUUUAUUCGAGCAUCAGGAAGUAUGUGGGAACCGAACAGAAUUAUGUCAUCUUUGUAGCAGAUAUAUUAGACUCCGAGAAAUAAAUAGUCAUGAGAGUAGAUGCAAUGGGAUUAUAAGUAAUGUUGGAGAAUCUUCCAGGAACACGCACACUGCUGAAAGAGAUCGUGGUCCUCCAAGAAGGCAGCCACAAGAGUUCUCCAAAAAGCGGCUUCUGUUUACAAUCGCGAUAACAGGCAUUGCUGUUUUGUUAGGGUCACUUCUUUUCCAGAGGAAAGUCGAGCAUACACAAGUACACCAGUAUUGAAGACGGGUGUCGGCAGGCUUUACCUUUGAUCCAUCAACUGGUACCUCAAAUCACUAGAAUUUCUUAGUAUCAGAGAACUUACUAUAACUAUAUGCCGACGAAUUCCAUCUGUAAAAGUCUUUAAUAUGUGAAUCCAUUUCUUAUGAGAUGAGUUGAACUGCAUAGGGGUGUUAUGUAAAAUUGCAUACGGGUGUUAUGUAAAGUGGAAGUUGAUCAAACUGUACCUCUAGUGAAAAUAAUGUGACUGCCUUGUUGAAAAUUUAAGUCCAUAAAGUGGAAGCAAUUCUUGUUGAA